GUUAGUGGAUGGCUGAAAAUUGGCUUCACCAUUGAGUUGCAGAAAUGUUUUGCUGCUUGAGAACCGUGAGGAGGUUAUGUCUUGAGAAGAUGCUGCUACAGUGUGUUCUUCAGUCAAGAACUUUGUCAGGAGCUGAUGCUAUCAAUGCUCUGAGGCCUUUCUAUUUUGCUGUGCAUCCAGAUUUCUUUGGCCAGCAUCCCAAAGAAAGGGAAGUAAAUGAAAACUCUCUGAAGAGGUUAAAUGGCUACUUGGAGAAUCUACAAAAACCAGGAUUUCGCUCCCUUAAGCCAACUCGGCUUACUUUUUAUGUGAGAGAAAGAGACCCAAACUCUUCUAAUGUUCAAGAAUCCUUCAGUGCUUCAGGGUUUCGUGCAGUCAGUAUUACACUACAUACUAGGGAUCUCCUGAGCACGGUAUUAGAUAUUCUCAACUCAUGCAGUUUAUCAACGGAGCAUAUUCAGAAUUUGAAUGUGAACUCUCAGUCCCACAAGGAAGCAAAAAGCACAGUGAACAGGCCUAUCAAGUGGGAUAAGACUUACUAUUCAUUUACUGGAUUCAAGGAUCCCGAGGAGGAACUAGAACAAGCCCAGAGAAUGGAAACAACUUUAAUAUCCUGGCUAGAUGAUAAUGAAGCAAGUGCAGUAAAAAAGCUGAAAAAGAGUUUGCCACUUAGAAAAGAACUAGAACGUUUAAAAUUUGAACUCUGUCAUCAGCUUCAGCUCUCAGAUAUCAGGUGGCAGAGAAGCUGGGGUAUUGCUCACCGCUGUAGCCAACUACACAGUCUAGGUCGCUUAGUCCAACAGAGACCUGAAAUAUUAAAGAAUGUUAAAGGACGCACAGUGGUAUUUACAGAUCGUUCAGGUAUGAGUGCAGCAGGUCACAUAAUGCUGGGGACCAUGGAUGUUCACCAUCACUGGACCAAAAUUUUUGAGAGAUUGCCUAAUUAUUAUAGUCUUCAGAAAAGGCUGCUGUUGUUGGAAGAUCGCAUAAGCCAGCUUCUGGGAGGCAUACAAGUAAUAUAUAUUGAAGAACUGCAACCCCUGUUGACUCUAGAAGAGUACUACGAGACUCUCGACUCCUUCUAUAAUAGAUUACGUGACAGUCGACUACCUUUUCAUCCUCGCAGUCUGCGAGGCUUACAAAUGGUUCUGGAAAGUGACAGAUACGCACCAAGAUUACAUGAAUAUGGGCACUUCACGAUCCCAACGGUCUGUGAUCCAGCAACUCUUCAAUGGUUUAUUUUUGCCAAAGCACAGGAAGCAAGAGAGAAUCUGAAAAGAAAGGAGGAGAUGAUGGUUACAGAAAAAGAGCUAAUUGAUACUUCCACUGAGAAAUUUUCUUUGGAUCGGCUCUAUAAGGAACCCAGCGUCUCCAGUGCUCAGAUGAUAGAUUGUUGUAAGCGACUGCUGGAGGAAUCGUUGCCGUACCUACAAGGCAUGCACCUUUGCAUUUCCCAUUUCUACUCUGUGCUGCAGGAUGGAGACCUGUGUAUACCUUGGAACUGGAAAAACUGAGGACAUAUCUGAUAAUCAGAUGAAUUGCUUAUUUUCUGUAAGAGGCUAUGAAUAUGAAUGUUUUUAAGAGUAAAUUAUUUAAAUCUGUAUUUUGAUAUCAGUAUUCAACCCACAAAUUUUUGUUCUAGCUGCUGCUCAAAAAGGAUUGAAGUCCUAGACAAUUUGCACAGUGCACAGUAUUGCCAGUUCUGGGAAAGACAUCUGUACAUUCUCCAUACUCUGCUGUAGGAGUCCCAAUGUAUGGUAGCAGUUUUGAAACUGCAUUUUUGUAGUGAGUUAUGAAAAAUACAUUAAAUUGCAAGUCUGCAAAA